AGAACAUCAAAAAAUGAUAUCUAACAUAGCAAAAAAAAGGCAGCAGAACAUGCCCGUUCCCUAAAUUCAGAAUGAUCUCCAUUGUAAAAUAUAUAUAAAAUUUAAUAAUAAUAAGCAAAAAUGAAUGAUAAUCACUGCGUAAAUGAUCAGAUUUCGUAUUGGAUUCGAUGCUCUGCGGCUGUAGUAACUCUCUAAAAGAGUUUAUCUUGAGAACUCUUUUCUCGCUAAGCUCGGAAAAUGACGUCAUAAUACUUGUUUUUCCAUUUAUCACAGCAAGCAUCGAACAGCAUUGGUAAAUGCAAUGAAAGUUUAUAGUAAACCAAUCUUCGAUAUAAUUGAAAAUGAUAUUUUGUGUGUAUAGGAUAAAAAAUUUGCUAACAAAAAUUUGUAUUCUGAAAAGCUCUAUAGCAAAACUAUAAACUUCAGAUAUUCCAGUAUAAGAACAACAAACGAUUUCAUGCCAGAGUAAAUUUAUAAUGACCUUUCCUCUAUACGACUUCGAUUCAGUUGCAUCCGUUACUUAUUAUGAUUUGUAUUUAGUUUUCAUUCUGGUUUUUUUUUUUUCUAAUAUCUCCUUCUUGAACCCAGAAGCGAAAUGUUGACAGUGUCAUCGUCUCUGUUCAUCCUGCGUAUAAAGUAAUUACAAUAGCACUUUGGAUGCCAAAAACAACAAAACGAUCCACAGCCGAUUGUAUAGUAGACAUAUAGAGGUCGCCACUUGAUUCUAAAGAAAUAAAUUGAAUUUUUACCGGAAGUGAUUUUACAUUUCCAAAUUACGUUUAGGAUUUGUAGAUAAGCAGUGACGCCGAUUUACUAUAAUUCCCAUAUUCUACUGACAAUUAGGGAUUCGUAAUUGCUAACAGUAAGCUGGGCUCGAAAUUUUGUAUGCGCGUGUUUUGUUAAAAAAAAUUGUUUACAUAUAUUUUUCACUUGUAAACAGCGUUACAUCGAAAAACUUAGAGGAGAAAUAGAAAGUAGUAAACAUUUUUCUAUAGAAUUCUAUAACGUUAGCACACUUGAAAACAUAAAUUGCAUCUGUAUCAAUCUUCUAUGUACGUAACGAGCAUACGUAAUACCAUUUUGAAGAACUGCAGAAAAUCGUCUCGUUUCGUCUACAAGCUAGGUAGGAAACCUAAGAUAAUUUCGAAAACGUGAUUGCAAUAGCAAACGUAUAGUGACAAAAAGAAAGGAAAUGUUUAUGUUCUGUAUUGGCCCUAUUAAUUUACUUGAGCUAUCGUAGUUUACUUUGCGUCCGUCCGAGUACUACUACAUUUAGGCAAUACGGACACGCGUCAACUACGAAGACUUUUGAACUUUCGCCGCUAAUAAAUAGCUGGUUCUUUAGCCAGCUGUCGACUAAAUGGCGAAUUGCACUUCUAGAUCGCGCAAGUCUUCCGCCCGUUAUCGUUUUCCAUCCAUUUGGAGAUUUAUUGGAAAAAUUAUCAACCAACCAGCGUGGCAGGAAGUAGCGGUGGCACCAGCGAUGGCCUAAAAUGACCAUUAGAGCAAAAUUUACUAUCGCGAAAUAUAUACAGGUAUAUAUAUAUAUAUAUAUGGGUCGGCUAACGGAGGUGUACCCAUCCCUAGUUUCUGGAUGGAAACUCUGAUCGAUGACCCGAUUUCAAUGGCAGCAUCCUGCAUAAUCAACGUUCAUGAGGUGUUUCAGGACGGGUGAUUAUGAACUGCUGAUCGAAAUAGAGACCCACCGCUGCAACCAGGACCCUGCUCAAAUUGUUAUUCGCUGAUGAACGUGUCUGGCAGAAUUGAAACACUGAACGAAAACUGAGUGUCGUCCACGUUGUUCUUUCGGAACCGUUUUUGCAAACGAAAGAAAAAAAAACCCUGGUUCCUUCCUGAGGGUGUUUAGAUUUGUGAUGGUGAACACACGAAAACACCCAUUCUACUUACAGAAGAGUGUGCAUGAGAAAUAGCAUACAGAAAAAACGCGGCUAGCGAAAUCGUCGUCUUCGACUGACGACUACAAUGUCAAGGAAUAAUAGAUUCUCAUUUAACAGACGUUUGUAGCUUAAGAACGCUGCUCACAUACAUACAAUCCGCAAUAACGCAUUUACGCUCGCUUUGAUCCUUAGAAUGUAACGUAGGUCGUAGACAUUUUUCGUUUGAAGAUCUUCCUAUACCUUCAUGUAUCUAUACGAAUAAGCCUAUCAACAGCUAUUAAGAGUGAGUAGCGGUCAUGUUUUGCAAUCCUACGCUACAGAAUAGGACCUCGUUGGUGCGAUAUGCUGCUUGAUCAAUUUUUAUUAUUAUUUAUUACAUAUUAGGAGUUUAAUCUGUAAUCGAGAGGCGUUCUUAUGCAGUGUCAGAUAUUUAGUUUGUAAGUCGUAUAUAAUAACGACUAGGUUUUAGUUAAUUUUAUAUGCUUGCUUCCUUCCUUAAAAAUAUGUUCGUUGGCCAUUAAAAUGUACAAUAUUAAUUUAUGCUUCUAGACAGAUCGUACAUCGGUAGCAGGACAACAAAAAGACAUUACUGAGAUGCAUCCUGAAGUACUAACUACUCUCGAUAGCAGUUAUAGAAGGAAUCAUUAUAGCGAGAUAAGACAAUAAAAAAAAUCGCUUUUUCUGUUUUACCAAUAUCGCCGCUGUUCAGCGGUGCUGAAUUCGACUGACUGCCCAUGGUGUGGGGGCAUAUCAGUUUGAGGAUACUGCGCUGAUGGAGCAUAGGCUGACGUCGGAUGAGAACUAACGUGCAGACGAUAUGUACAACGGAUCACCCCUAGAGAGAACGUACGCGAUGAAUGUGUACUCGGUGUCUCAAACUACGAUGACCGGUCUGGUAAAUGCUACAUUAAGGACUCGUGUUAACGCAUGGCUAGCAGAAUGGGUUCCGGACGAUUGCGCCGAGUUCCCUACACUGGAAGUAGCCGUCCCGCUGACAGAGCCGGCCCCAUCAACUGUGGGUCCCGAAUCGGAGUCGACGGCACUUCCUUCCGACAUCAUGUGGGAGGACGCCGACGGCGGGGGAGCGAACGGCGCUCCGAACAACAACCAGAACAAUAGUCAUAAUAACAACAACAGCCAACAUCCCUCGAAUAGACACCGACAAUAUUCCGUACCGCCAGCCACUGCGACACCUGACUUCAGGCAUUUCAGGCAAAAUCCAGCAACGGAGGACCUGCAUGCCUGGAGCAUCUACAGGCAGAAUCUCAACUCGGACUUCACUGACUCGGCCCUAGGAACAACAGAAAAGUCUCAGCGGCCAUUUGGCAACUUCCAGUUACGAGAAUCGACCGUGCAGACUAUUUUGAAUCAUCCAAAGUACGGACCUCGUGACCGUAAUUCCGAGCUGGCAGCAAACAUCCAGACAUAUCUUCGAUUCGGCCUGCCCAGAGUUCAUACGUUGAGUUCAUCCGGUAACGGGCUAGCGGGCGGAACAAACGGCCGUUUUACGGCAACGGCUAAUCUUAUCAAGGAUACAUCGUCAGGUUACGACAGUUCGGAAGAUGGUCGCCGCAAGCCGACCGGGGGCGAUACCCAUUUGCAAGCCACUGCUCAUGACCAACUAUCGACCGAACAACUUACGGCGAGGGAGCAGCUAUGCCAUGAAUCUCGAGGUAGAUACCAAUUUAAUGACCCUUACCACCACAUGAAUAUUAACUACGUGAAUCACCACUAUGGCGUCUACAAUCGACAGCCGAACAACGAGCACUACAUGAUUCUGCAACAGCCGCAGCAGCGUCACCACAACAGUCAACAGCCACAUAGAGAUUACCACCAUCAUCAUGAUAGGGUUCAGACGCAUCUGGCCGGAUUCGGUUAUGGCCAAAGGACGCCUCAUAGGUCCGGUAGCGAAGCGGAUUUAAUUCAAGAAGACGCACAGAGUCAUCGAUCAUCUCGUUGGGACACUUUUCAACAGCCGCCUAAGAUGAACGGGAUUAAUGGCAUGCAGAACAUACCGGAGGGGCGACGAAGCGCAAUGUCCCAUAUCUCGGCAAGUUCUCGGCAUAUCAACAAGCUCCCAUUCAAUCGGGAUUCAUUUUACAACUCAUUACCGGGUGGACCAGAUGACGAAAUAGGCUCGCUAAAGCACCCACAUCUUCAGGUUCGUGGGCUUACCUUCGAGGUAGAUCGUUCGUCGUGGGGACAGAAACUCUGCGGACGUGCCCGAACUAAGCUACUUCUACUCGAAGGUCUUUCGUUUGAGGUACGCGGAGGCGAAAUUCUUGCUGUUGUGGCUACCUCUGAAAAUGAGGGUACUACUCUCCUUGACAUACUAAGCAAUCGAGUACAGAAACGUUGGGGCGAUAAGGUACGCGGAGAGUUCCUCUAUAACGGCAUCCUUAUGGAACCUGAAAAGCUGCAAAACUUCGUCUGCUACGUUGGUAAAGAUUUCGAGCUAUGUCCCGAUAUGUCGGUUCGUCAAUGGAUGCUUUUCACUAGUCUUGUACAGGAACCCGGAGGGCCGAUCAGGGAUACGAAGGAGCGUAUCAACGCCCUCUUGGAGGAUCUUGGCUUAGGUCAGCUACGGCAUACGCGUAUUGCUGAUCUUACGGAAAGUGAAAAACGACGUUUGAAUGUAGCAACACAACUAUUGCUGGACACGGACAUUGUACUACUCGACCAGCCUAUCCAAGGUAUGGAUAUUCUCGAUUCUUUUUUUCUCAUCGACUAUCUACGACAGUGGGCAUCCCGGGGCCGCAUCGUGAUUAUCACAGUUCAUCCGCCGACGUACGAAAUAUUCACGAUGAUGUCCCGCAUCGCGAUCGUGUCUACCGGUCGUAUGGUGUAUUUCGGGCGGCGCCGAGAGUUGCUCGACUACUUUGCCUACAUUGACUUCCCAUGUCCGCCGUACAAGAACCCCUCCGAUUACUAUCUCGACCUCGUAACCUUGGACAACCUGUCCGCCGAGGCAAUGCUCGAGUCUAGUCAAAGAGUUGAAAACCUCGUCGAAUUAUAUCGACGCCGUAAUGACGAUCACCCAUCAUUGAGUGAUCCGGGACCGCCUGGCAUUACCCCACAUGAGGUGCGACGAGCCGGCUUCUUCGGUCAAAGUCUCGCCCUGUGGAUUCGCGCUAUGAUCUACACGUUCCCAUACAACGUUGUGCACUUCUUCCGAGACCUAAUGCUGGCCGCGCUCAUGAGCGUUCUCGUCGGCUUCGUCUUCUGGAACGUUCGUGCCGGUCGUGAACAAGAACAUGUUUCAGACCGAUACGGAUUCUACCACUCGCUACUGGCGCUCUGCUUAUGGCCGAUGCUGCUCAACAUGAUUACAGAUGUGUGGCGAGAAAAGACGUUUGUUUGCAAAGAUAUCCACGAGAAGCUCUACAGUGGCUUCGCAUACGUCGUUGCAAAGUUGACCUACUCAAUCCCGAUGUCGUUAUCGAUAAUGGGCGCUUACGUUUUUCCGGCCUACUCAAUGGCUGGAAUACCUUCGCAAGAGCACAUUUCUAAUUUCUUGCCAUUCCUCGGAUUCAUGUUACUCUACCUAUCACUACUGCGAUCGGCGGCAAUGUGCUUCUCGUUGGUUUCAGCUCGACGCCAUAUUGCGGCGCUUUUGACUGCGGGGCUUUCAAGCAUCUUCAUCUUUUCGGGAGGAUGGAUUGUCCAUCUUAACGAGCUUAGCUAUUUCACUCAAUGGCUCAGGCAUGUCUCUCCACUCAAAUGGGUGAUGCAGGAGAUGACGUAUCACGAGUUCUCGUCGAGGAGACAGGUUUAUGAAUGUCCGCGAAAUCCCGUCGUACUUCAAGAAAACGGCAUUCAGGUGAAGGCGGAUUGCGCGUGGCCCGGCGAUCGGCACGCCGUUGGCCUGUUUUACAAUGAACCGUCCUCACUUUUGCACUCGGUUCUCGUACCGCUCGCCUUCCAAUUGUUCUUCGUAUUAGCGUCAAUCCUGGUCGUGUCCUGUACCAAAUUCAACAGAGCUGCUAACAGGAUGCCGAGAAAAUAGGCGCCUCUAUUGCUUCAACUGUCUAACGCACAGGUUGACUUCUAUUGUCAGCAUCGAGGUCUGCAAUUUUUGCCCCUGCAAAGUGCCCCUCUUGGUGAAGAGCCUGAAGAGAAUGUCCACACUGUGUUGCCAUGAGUUGUAUAUUUAUCCCU